GAAGUAACAUCGGGAUUUCUGUAAUGUUAGCUAACACUCGGUGGAAGGCGUACAGUAUGUGAGGAAGGUCAGGCUUUUGCCUCGUUGAAUUUCAGCACUCAUUCAGGUGGUAAACCGCGGCAGCCGCUCGGAUCGGGAACUUGACGCGACACUCGAAGUGAAGCGUUUUCACCGCUGCGUAGUUUGCCACCGUGGUGAGUUUGUCCGGAAACGAAAAAAGGCACACGGCGAUCGAGGAGCUCGGUAGUUUAUCUUUGAAUCAGACAGUUCAAGUAUUCCCUGAUGGCUGGGUCGAAAUGCACGAGGCUGAGCGGCGCGCUGGUGCAGCAGCUGCUGGACACCGUGGACAGCAUCCUGUUUGACUGCGACGGGGUCAUCUGGAGGGGGGACCAGGCCAUCCCGGGGGCCCCCGAGGUCAUAAGCCUGCUGAAGAAACACGGCAAGAAGGUGUUUUUCGUCACCAACAACAGCACCAAGACGAGGAAGAUGUACGCGGACAAGAUGGCCCGCAUGGGAUUCGGCGUGACAGAACACGAGGUGUUUGGGACAGCGUACUGCUCCGCCAUGUACCUCAAGACUGUCUGCAAGCUGGAGGGCAAAGUGUACCUGGUAGGGAGCAAUGCACUGAAACAGGAGCUGGAGGCGGUCGGGAUCCAGCAGACCGGGGUGGGACCCGACCCUAUAUCCGGGGUGCAGGUCGACUGGGCCAAUGUCCCUCUGGACCCCGAGGUGAAGGCGGUGGUGGUCGGCUUUGACGAGCACUUCACUUACAUGAAGCUGAACAGAGCCAUGCAAUACCUGACCGACCCAGCCUGCCUGUUCGUGGGGACCAACACUGACACCAGGCUGCCCCUGGAGGAGGGCAAGGCUGUCCCAGGUACUGGCUGCCUGCUGAGGGCGGUGGAGACGGCAGCACAGCGCCAGGCUCAGACGGUGGGCAAACCCAACCACUUCAUGUUCGACUGCGUGGCGUCCCAGUUCAGCCUGGAUCGCAGCCGCUGCCUGAUGGUGGGCGACCGCCUUGACACGGACAUCAUGCUGGGCUCCAACUGCGGCCUGAAGACCCUCCUCACCCUCACAGGGGUCAGCACUGUGGCCGAAGCCGAGGCCAAUCAGAACAGCGGCUGUGCGGAGAGGCAGUGCAUGGUGCCGGAUUAUUACGUGGAAAGCAUCGCCGACCUCCUGCCAGCCCUGCAGGGAUAAAUACUGGGAGUCCGUCCUGACUAAAGACUAGCUGCAUGAUAGCCGAGCUGAAAUAAACCUGUGGAUUGACUAGCCUAUCACAGGCCAGGGUCCCUUGUCUCUUCCAUUGUCUUGUAAAAGGCGGCGUUUCACAUAAAGAUUAGUGUGAUUGAUGUCACAACCGAACAGCACUGGAGUCUUGAAUGACUGGUGUGGCUGUCUGAGACAGUGACUCACAACUCUAAGAGACGCUAUCCAGGGUUUAUCAGCAAUGUUAUCAUUUACUGUAGGAUUUAUGGUGGCUCCGUGACUAGGAAUCUAGAUCUUCAUUGAUUCAGCUGUUAUUCAAGGAACAGUUCACCCAAAAUAAUUAAAAAGAGGCAACCUAUUCCUCCAGGUAGUUGCUAUGUGAUAUGGCGCGGUUUCCAUUCUUCCCUCAUGCUCAAACUGGCAAGCUGUAUCUAUCCGCCCCCAAGUAGGACAAAUUAGAGGCAGAUAGAUACAGUUUUCGGGUGUUCUUUGGCAGGAAAUAGUUCCCAACAAAACUGGGUUAUGUUGGGCAUCUGUGUCAUUGUUUUUGGAAAGUGUUGUUGCUCUUAAGGUUUUCACAAGUAAAUUUGUGAUUGUUUGAGUUCCACAAAUGAAUACCCAGCCAGCCCCAUUGUAUUGGGGCGAAGAGAGCCAGACUGGAAACCUCUCCAAAUCACACAGAAGUUAUCUGGAUGGAUAGACUGCACUAAGUAUCAACAUAUCUUUUCUGUACUUUUGGUGAACUGUGCCUUUUAAAACCUGUUUCAACAUGGUAUGAAUGAAUGGCUCUUUAGUACAUAAGAACAAUGAUUUCCAGUAUUGACUAAAUGAACUUUGUAAAAGUGUUUCAGGCUAAGUUAUGAAAGGGUUAAAGUGCACUGUACUAUAUGUUCCCCCCUUUUUUUUGAACGAUGGUGUGUGUGUGUGUGUGUGUGUGUGUGUGUGUGUGUGUGUGUGUGUGUACAUUUUAAGGCCCUUAUCCUGUUUGUGAUGCAAUCGUCUGCUUAAGCAAUGAAAUCAAACAGUGGGGAAAUAUGCACACAAGUGUAAAUGACUCGGUAAUACAUGUGUUCGGUUUUACAGGUCUAAUAAUACUUCAUCAGGAAGUAACUAUAUGGUAUCAGCUAUGUGGUGUCAGGAUAUACAUGUGUACAUUUGUGUCACAUUUGUGAUACAGUUUACUUGUAACACUCAGUAUGUAAUGCAGGUAUUUACACUCUACUUCAUGGGUUCAUGCAAUGAUGCCCAGUUUUGUCAGAUAUAAUGUCAUUUACCAUUAUUGAACCAGUCAUUACCAGACUGAUGUUAAUGUUAUCAAAGCGAUGCAGACUUCUGUAUUGUUUUUUUUUUUCUUACCAUCCACUGUUUCUAAUCUAUACUGAGAAGAAACACAAAGGGAUGGACAAAAUAAUGGAAACCCCACAUGAAAAAUGACUAAUGAAUUAAGUGCAUCCCAAUAACAAAAGCAGUAUGUGUCACCUUUCAAAGGAUUUUUCAAAGCAACAUGAGGAAACAUGAGGAUUGUCCAUUAUAAAAAAAAAAAAAAAAAAAAAAAAAAUGUAACCAAUAGAACAGUCUGGAAAAACACGGAAACCCAGUCAAAUGCAGACUAACUGCCUCAACGAAAUGGAAGUAAAUGUAAGCAAGUCGAAGCUCACAGACAGAAACGCCAAAAAACUGCAGGUCAACACAGUUCAGGAUUCGAUGAUCCAAGAAGGACUGGAGCUAUUCUGAGGCCAAACGGCAGCGUUACUCCUCAGGAGAUGCUGGACACUGGUGAACUGUCAGUGGUUUCUAUUAUUUUGUCCACCGCUCUGUAUUUGUCUUUACCCCCAAAUCACUGAAAACACUAGUGAAAUCAUAAUAAAACACAUUUUGCUAAAUCAG